CGCAGUAUCACUUGCUUGGAAAACCUUGUGGGCAGGAUACAAACCGAACCGUAAGCUCCAAGAUAUUGCAAAUUGGUACAUUUGAUCACUAUAAUGAGAGGAAGAUGCCUAUUAUUUUUCAAAGUCACAGUAUCACUUAGUAGGAAAAUCUUGUAGGCAGUUUACAAACCGAACUGUUGGGGCUAGGACCAUCAAACUUGGUACACAUUCACUUUAUGCCAAGUGAAAAUAUUACAGAGAGUACAUGAUUCAUAUUGUUCUUACAAUGCAAAGAAAGUAUGUCACACCCUGGUGAUUGUUGAUACUACUUGAAGCCAAGUUCUACAAGUCAUGGUAUAAGAAAAACACCCUAUAUUAGCUUUUCACGGGCGUAUUAUCUACUGUUGGCGGUACUCGUUUCCGCUAGUAUAUACGUAACAAAAAUACAAUAUGACUAAUUUGGAACUGUCGAGUCAAAAUCCUGAGGUUUCAAAAUUCACAAUUUUGGUACGUCCUUUUCCUAAAUAUGCAUGUGUACUGUAUCAGCAAAUUUAAAGAAGUAUUUCAAAUGAUAUUAAAGACAAUAAUCACUUUAAUAAUUUUAGCCACACCCUUACCCCUGGGAUCAUAGAAUUUACAAUUUUGGUAAAGGACUAUACCUACUAUUUCUAAACAAUCAAUAGCAGAUAUUAUUUAAAUAUUUUACACACAUGCACUACCAAGUUUGGCCAUGCCUUGGGGUUGGAACCUCUACCCUGGCGAAAUUGACAAUGUUGAAGGCCUUCCUGCUCAAUAUCACUAUGCAUUUAGUUUUUCUUACAAUGUGCAAUUAUAGAGAAGAUAUUUGAAUAUUGGUCAAUGAAUGGCAGUUUUUACUCUAUAUAUCCACAUUGGCCCCGGGGAUGCAGAAGCCGUGACAUUUACAACUUGUUUCAAAGAUGAGUCAAACCAAAUUUGAAAAGAAUUGGAAUGUAUAUACAAUGUAUCAAGAAAACGUUAAAAAUGUUCAGUUGAUAACACAAGUAAUCACUGACCAUUUUGGCCCUAACCUGAUACUAAAACCCCUGCCCCCAGGAUCAUGAAAUAUACAAUUUUGGUAAGGACUACUUGUUUAUUCUAAAUAUCCUUCAGUUUCGAUUUAGCAUCAAAAUAGCAUUAAAGAUGUUUUUUGAAAUGUUUUACACAUAAACACCAUAUAUAUAUAAUCCAAAGUAUUUUAUUAUAUUGGCAUAGACUUGAGAAUUGCCCAGAAUCAUGCCUGUUAUACAGUGCUUAUACAGAGAAUCAUACAAUAUAAAUUGUUGGUACAAAAACAUUAGUUAUUUUAAGGAAAAAUGGGCAUUUUGGUACCCAAUUGUAAAAAUCUCAAAUUCUCAUUUUUCAAAAAACAAAUGAAGAAUCGGGUACGGAAACAAUUUUUACUUUACUGGUCAAAACGACGUGAAGAGGGUCAGAAAUCAAGAAAACUCACAACAUAUUUUUCGUAUAAAGAAAACUUCACUAUGGAAAGUUAUAUAUUUUUAGAAUCCCUAGAAUUAAGAAAAACUCUUAUGUAGAUUUCGAAUUAGUGCACAUGACCUUCGAAUUGAAAGAGGAAGGUAUGAAUUUACAAAAACCAAUUCUGGCCAGAAGAUUUCUUUAGAAAGAAACAAAAGCUAGAAUAUGUGAAUUAUGUAACCUUAAUUGUGUAGAAGAUGAAUUUCAUUUCCUUAUACUGAUUGUCCAUUCUAUGUUGAAGAGAGAAAUAUGUUUUUUAAUGGUAUAUACAAGCUCAACUAAAAUUUCAUCUAUCUAACAAAUAAGGACAAAUUUACUUGGUUGAUGAUUAAUGAAGACAAACCAGUAAUUGUCAAAUUGAGUGAAUAUUUAGUGCAAACUUUCAGAAAAAGAAGUAAUGCUUUAAAACUGCAAAAAUCAUUAUAGUUUAUUAUUCAUAUGUUGGUAUAAUACUGAUAUUGUCCAUUUACUUGUGUAUACACAUGAUUAGCAAUUCAUAUAUGUAUGUACUUGUUUCCCCAACAUGCUGCAUCCACAUGCAGUUUAUGUAACCUUUAGUUAAUGUUGUAAGCUUUCUUUCUUUUUUGAAUUUCCUUCUUUAUAAACUGUCUUACUGUUAUGCCCUCUGGGCCCAAAAUUGGAAUAAACUUAUCUUAUCUUAUCUAUA